AGUGACUGCACGAUUGUCAUUCGGCAGUUAACGUUCAAACAACGCAGACGCAAACGUCGCGAUCGUGUCGCGUUAAUUCAUUUCUCGAAUUUAAUAUUUACGUAUUUAAGCGGUGUUUUUGUGUUGUUUAUCGCAGUGUAAAACUAAUUAUAGCGGGUGUUUCUAACUCCACCCACCGCUCAAUGACAGACUGUUUGUGUGUUUGUGUUUGUGUGUGUUUUGUGCUUGUGUAAAUAUAUGCUGAACAUAAUCAAAUGACACGUGCUUAAAAUACUAAACUAAACAACGUUAUUAAUACUAAACUGGGAUUACCUCGACUUUUGUUUAUUGAUACCUCAAAAAAAAAGAAGAAACAAACGGCAUGUCCUUUCAACGCAGCUACAGUAAAGUCUGGUGGGGAUCGGAGGGUCAACAGACGGGCAGCAGCUUCACCAGCGGCGGCUUCUACUCGCAUUACAAUUAUGGUCACCAGCAACCGCAAGUGCAGCAUCAACUGCAGCAUCAUCAGCUGCCGCAUCAGCAGCUGCAACAACCCGCAUCUUUGGACAGCGCCUUGCAACGGCAUCUCGGCCACAACUCGGGCAAUUUGUCCAGCAUCCAGGAGGUCGACGAUGAGCAGAACAGCUCCAAAUUAUCCUGGCACAAACACGACAGUCCCGGCAGUCUGCGCAGUCAGGAUUCGGGAUUUUCAGAUAACGAGGAGCAACACAAUAGUCAAAUCUCAGCUGUGGUGACAGCAGCAAAUACAACAGCCACGCCCAGUGUCUCGCCCACUUCAUUACGCUCGGUGGCCACGCCCCCAACUGUCAUACGCCGUGUGGGCAACUCGUCCUUCUAUUCGCCGCUGGUCAGCGUAACUCGUCGCAUUUCUUUCAACGGGGUGGCAACGCCAAAGCAGCAUGAGAAUGAAGCUGAGCAUAGAGAUGAGGUUGAGGAGUUGUCGGCGAGUCACAGUCGCCUGUUUGAACAAUUGGACAGCCUGCAACUGGAUGAUAAGCCUGAGGUCAGUCCGGCAACGCCGCCACGUCCUGCGGUGCGACGUCGCAAGCGUCUGGCAAGGAAAGCGAAGCUGGAGCAGGAGGAAUUGUCGGAGGAUGAAGAACCUGUGACACCAGUGACUCCCCCGCCGCCCUACAACAAUGAAACAGUUUACUUGGGCGAGGCGCCUCCUCCUUAUAACAAUGAGACCGUUACCUUCGGUACAGCUGGUCAAUAUGACGAGGAGACUCUCAAAUUGGAGGCACUUUCUCCACUGCGCAGUCGUUUCACGGCGAGCACAAGUACGCCAAAGACCAAGACCCGCAAACCCGUCAAGUCUCCAAUGAAACAGAAUCAGGCAGUACAAUUUUGGUUGGACGAGGAACGUUGGAAUUGCGAACCGGAAGUGAUGUGCAUGCUGCAACACAAAUCGAUUGCCCAGGAGGCGUAUAAGAACUUCACCAUCACCACAAGUGCUGUGGCCAAAUUAAUGCGUCAACUGCAGCAACAAGCUCUCGAUCUUCAGUCACACUUCGAGCGGAGCGAGCGAGUCCUGAGCGGACUGCAGGCCACCACAUUGCCCGAGGCACUCAGCGGUGCCACAAGGCUGCUCACCCACCUGGAUGAGUUCACCUGUGUGCUGGAACGUCGUGCCAUCUUCUUCAAUGAUGCACGCGUGGAGAGAAGACGCUACGAGCAGCAUUUGGAGCAGAUUCGCACAGUCAGCAGGGAUACAAGGUACUCCCUGGAAAAACAGCACUACAUUAAUCUGGAAUCCUUGCUCGAUGAUGUGCAGCUGCUGAAACGUCACACAUUGAUCACAUUGCGUCUCAUCUUUGAGAGAUUGGCUCGUGUUUUGGUGCUGAGCAUCGAGCAGAGUCGCUGUGAUUUGUUGCUGCGUGCAAAUAUCAAUAUGGUGGCAACCCUGAUGAACAUUGACUACGAUGGAUUCGCCUCCCUUUCCGAUGCCUUUGUGCAGAACGAGGCAGUACGUGCUCUGCUUUUGGUGGUGCUCGAUCACAAACUCAGCUCGGUGCGCGCUCUGGCUUUGCGUGCGUUGGCAACCCUAUGCUGUGCCCCGCAAGCGAUUGAUCAGCUGGGCGCCUGUGGCGGCAUUGAGAUUGUACGCGACAUACUCCAGGUGGGCGGCAGUCUGGAACGGGGCGGAAUUGAGAGGAGAGAGGCGGUUUCUCUGCUGGCACAGAUCACAGCCGGCUGGCAUGGACCGGAGCAUCGUGUGGCAGGACUGAGAGAUUGUGCCGAGACCCUGGUCGCCGGUUUGGCGGCUCUGUUGCAGCCGGAUUGCUGUGCCCAGACCCUGUUGUUGUGUGCUGCCGCCCUGAACAAUCUCAGCCGGAUGGAGGUCACCUCACACUACUCCAUCAUGUCCAACGAGGCCAUCUUCAAGCUGAUCUCCACGCUGGAGCAUCAGAGCAACGGCAUCAGUGUCUUUCUCUAUGAACAAAUCGUUGGGAUGCUGCAGAACAUGUCGCUGAACAAGAAGUGCCACAGUCACUUGGCCAAUGGCAUCAUCAUAAAUUUCAUCACGUCCGUUUACCAAACGGAAUUCUACAAGACCUACGACUCACGUGCCGAAUGCGAUGCCCAGCGGCGAAGUAUUAAGGCGAUUCUACACACACUCACCCGUCUUGUCCAGCACUCACACACGUUGGGCGCCGAACUCCUGGAGCAAUGGUGUCUACCGGAUUUACUACGCCAAUCGCUGGCCAUGCACACGAGUGGAAGUGGAAAUGGAGGAGGUGGUGGAGAAAGAAGAGCUGCACAAUUGGAUCAAAGUGCUGGCUACAGUGGAGACAUUUCUCAGCUGGCGCGACAAUUGCUGCAGGCACAUCAGCAGGAACAGCUGCUCUUAACGCUUAGAGUAACAGGAGCAACGGGAGCAACGGGAGCAACCGGAGCAGCAGGAGCAGCAACAGCAGAAAGAGAGGCAACAUUUAGCAGUGGACAUCAGACGCCUGAGGCGCAAGCUGGCAAAAGCAGAAGACUAUCGACAUCAUCGCUGAAAUUCAAUUUGACACGUCAGGAAAGUUUUGUCUAGUUUUUAAGGAGCACACCUGAAUGGCUCCAAGCACGUUCUGACCGGGGCCUAAAAAACCGGAAGACCGAAACGUGCGUCAAGUGUUAUUACUUGUCUCUGACCCGUUAUUCAUCCCACAUCCCACAUCCCACUUUUUUCCUAUGCCAUGCUUGUCAAUGUAAACGAAGUCAUUUUUAUAUUUUCGACCAAGCAAAAAAAAAAGACAUAGGAACAAAGUUACAAUUAAUACAUUUCAUUUUACAUUCAACUUUAGCAUUUUUGUGAGCCAAACGCAAAAAUAUACUUAAGUACAUAUGUCUGUUCCUCUCUCUUUCCCACUCAUUCCCUUUCUAUAUAUAUUAAUCAUAGAUCAAUGUAAAUAUUUUUCAUACGGCAGUUGAACCAAACUUUGUAUUUAUAGUCAAAUUGUGUGCCAAAAAAAAUGUAUGUUUAUGUGAAAAACGUUAUUUUGUAAAUAAUUAUUUUCGUAUUACUAAUGUACAGUUAUCGUAUCUUUAUAAUAAUUUAAGUUACAACAUUGAAAAAUUACGCAUUUAAUUUAAUUUUUCAAUUUCCUAAUUGAAGUUUACAUUUGUAAAUGCAUUUUCCCUUAAUAUUGAAUAAAAUCUAUUAUACAAUACAACAA